CUUCUCUCCCUCUGUGAGGACAAGACAAGAGUUGGAGCAAGAUGGGUUCUGUUUCUCUGAAAAUAGGGGAUGGAACAGCCAGAUUCAAAAGAGCAACUCUGUGUUCUUCAGCAGUUAACAUUCUCAUGAUAUGCUCCAUUAUCACCACCAAUCUUUUCGCUCUUUAUGCUUUCACUGCUUCCCCUAAAGACCAUCACACCCAGCUACUUCACAAUGCCCAAAAGAACUUCUCUCUCAUCUCAGAGCAGGUCUCGCUUAUACUGAGAGAGAUUGAUUUAUCUCAGAAGAAAUUGGCCCAGAUAGAAAAAAAGCUUCUUGGCUAUGAAAGCAUUGAUCUUUCCAGACCCAAUAUUGCUAAUGAACUCAAACUCUUUCUCCAACGCCACCAGCUCCCUCUGGGCAAAGAUUCCAAAACUGGAAUCACUGAAAUGGUGGCAUCUGUUGGCCAUUCCUGUGAGAAAUCUGCUGACUUGUUGUCUCAGUACAUGAAUUACAAAGUUUAUGGACCCUGCCAAGAUGAUUGGAUUGUAGCACAGAAACUGAUCUUGCGAGGUUGUGAGCCUUUGCCAAGAAGGAGGUGUUUUGCUAAGUCUAUUUCUAAGGUAGGCCUUAACCCUUUUCCCACCUCACUUUGGAAACCUGUUGCAAAUAAGACUGUUAAUUGGAGUGGUCUCAGUUGUAAGAAUUUUGAAUGUUUGAAUGGCAAGAAGUUUUUAACAAGAGAUUGCAUUGGUUGCUUUGAUUUGGUUAAUGGGUACGAUAAUCAGAGGUUUAUCAAGUCUAGGAGCAAGAAUGAUUUUCUCAUUGAUGAUGUGUUAGCCUUGGGAAGUGGUGGAAUUAGAAUAGGGCUUGAUGUUGGAGGUGGUUCUGGUGGAUCCUUUGCUGCUAUAAUGGCUGAUAGGAAUGUCACAGUGAUUUCCAACACUCUGAAUAUCGAUGCCCCAUUCAGUGAAUUCAUUGCUGCAAGAGGGCUUUUUCCUCUUUUCUUAAGCUUAGAUCAUAGGUUCCCAUUCUAUGACAAUGUGUUUGAUUUGGUUCAUGCUGCAAGUGCCUUGGAUGUUGGAGGGAAGCCAGAGAAGUUGGAGUUUUUAAUGUUUGACAUUGAUCGCAUUUUGAGGGCUGGUGGUUUGUUUUGGCUUGAUAACUUCUAUUGUGCCGAUGAAGAGAAGAAAAAGGCAUUGACUCGGUUGAUUGAACGGUUUGGAUAUAAAAAGUUGAAAUGGGUUGUGGGAGAAAAGACAAAUAGUCUUGAAUCAGGCAAAUCUGAAGUUGUCUUAUCUGCUGUCCUUCAGAAGCCUGUAAGGGUUUAAAGCUUCAUACA